AUGGGGGAGGGGCAGCGGGAGCGCUGGGCGGCGCUGGUGGCGGCGGCCGAGGGUUACCGGGGGGCGACGGGGGCCGAGGUGGUGGUGCUGACGGCCUGGGGGGGUCCGGGGGGGCCUCUCGCCUACGCCCACCACGGCCCCGGCCCUCUCGGAGCCGCCGCCCGCCGCUUCCUGCCCGAUAUCGCCGCCGCCCACCGAGCCCUCGCCCCUCCCCCCCCCCCCGGGGCCGCCCCUCCCCCCCCGGCCCGGACCCCCCCCCGGCGCGCCGCCACCCCCCCCGCCCGGGGAGAGAAGGGAGGGGGGGGCGCCAGGAGGAGGAGGAGGGGGGCGGCGCCUCCCAGUGACGUCACCGGGCUGUUCCUGAUGGAUGAGGAUUGGGGGGGCCCCGAGGAGGAGCCGGGCCCCGAUUCCGACCCGGAGAGCCCUGACGAAGGCAGUCCCGGGGAGGACCCCCCCGCGCCGCCCCCCCCGCCGCCCCCCGGGCCUCUUGCCCGCUCGCUGCCCGUCUGCGUCCCCGCGUGGCCCCUGCGCCCCCCGGCGCCCCCCCGGCCGCCCCCCGGCCACGGCCACAAGGCCCCCCCAGACCUGGCGGCCAUCGCUGCCUCCAUGCGGGCGCUGGCGCUGCGGGGGGGGAACGACGGCACCGAGAUGUUUGGGGACCUGCCCCGCCCCCGCCUGCUCGCCGGGGACCCCCCCUGACCCCCAAAC